ACGCUGCUUUCUUAACACGGAAGAAAGCUUGGAAGAAUAUUUUAGGGCUGUGUGAAUUUGAGAGAAAGAAAUGGCUUUGCCGAAGGCUAAGGAGGUCGUUUCUGCCAAUCCCGUCGUCGUUUUCAGCAAGUCGUACUGUCCGUACUGUGUGAACGUGAAGCAAUUGCUUCAACAACUUGGAGCCUCUUUCAAGGCCAUUGAACUCAACAAUGAAAGUGAUGGAAGUGAAAUUCAAGCAGCUCUGGCAGAGUGGACUGGCCUGCGGACUGUGCCAAAUGUUUUCAUUGGUGGGAAGCACAUUGGUGGCUGUGACGUUACAACAACUCUGCAUGAGGAAGGGAAGCUGAUUCCUCUGCUAACUGAAGCUGGAGCUGUUGCUAAACCUUCCGGUUAGAAUAGAGUUCUGCUGCCUGUUGUCGAGUCCAAUACUCUAAUAAAUACCGAGUUUGGUUUCUUUUGAUUAUGUAUUGUCAGCUGAAUCCUCGGUUUGGCAUAGGGAUAUCGGACUUGACUUUUAAACGUUUGCAUUUUCUUUUGAGUUUUUACUAAAGCUAUGGAAAUUUAGAGUUUCAUGUAUGGUUUAAACUUGGCUGAAGUUUGUUUAGACUUUAGCAUGCAAGUUUAGCAAUUCUUCA